CAGAUGUUCGUCUCCAAAAGUAAUACAUGACAAAGUGUUGAAAACGACCACAUUUAUUAUCAUUCCUUCAGAUUAUUGUAAGAUCAUAAUGUCAUCGCUCAUAUCUGUCUUUGUUACCCCUUGAUUUAGCCUAUGUAGGCUUAAAGGAUGGGCUUAAAAUAAGCCCCUGUCGGGUAUUGCUCAUUACAUAAUCAGUAUGGGAAUAGAGACAAUAGACAAAAGACACUGCGAUAGAGUUCAGUUACUGUGAAUUCACUAUUGGCCAUCACAUACGCAUCAUAGGACUUAUAUGAAAACUGACGGCUCGUGGUUUUUCGAUUGGGACCAGAUACGCAUUUACGCACUCCGUCUCUAGGCUUUACCCUCAGCGCGCUUUUUACGCACACUGGAUAUUUGACUCCUCAGUCCUCGGCAUGAUGUCAAACGCCAGAAAACCGCAUUAUUCUAUAGGAAGAGGCUGUCUGUCAUUCAUUUUGGGCUCCUGAGAGAGCCAGUUUGUUUCUCGUCGGGAAGACGAAAUGACCAACUCAUUACUUGUUUCAGUGGGGGUUGCUUAGGCUUUCUUUCCGGCUUCCACUCACUGUAGAUCUGUCAAAGAAGGAUUUCUAACUCGAUAGCUAAUUUAUAACUAAUUCAGGACUUACUUGAAAAUCGUCGCUAUCUGCGGAUCAGGGAUAACUCAGAAGGAGAUGAUGGCUUUAUCGUUCCUCUACGCGCUGUGCAUGUGGACGAGUUUAGUCUGUGCUUCGCUGGGAACGGGGUUUGUUUAUCACUUUCCAGGAAUCACUGUGCAGCGGCAGCGCAUCAAAUCGGAGCAGAGCGGCAGCACUGGACCGCCAGGUACCGGGUCCUUUUCCCAACUCAGGAACUGGUGUCAGUAUACCGUUUCCAGAACAGUGUCCUGUCAGGUUCAUAAUGGGACAGAAACCACAGUGCAGAGAGUGUUUCAGAGCUGCCGAUGGCCCCGACCCUGCUCCAAAGUCAUCAGCUACAGGACCAUGAUCAGGCCAUCCUUCAAGGUUACCUACAAGCAGGUCACAGCGCUGGAGUGGAGAUGCUGCCCAGGGUUUGUGGGAGAAGAGUGUCGUGAAGAGUGUAUGAACUGUACCAGUUUCACUGACAUGAACAGCAGAAUAAAUACCAUUGAAUCAAAGAUCAAACUGUUAGAAGAGGGACGUUCAUCCCUGCCGACAGUCAGCAGUUUACCAGAGGGCUCAACAGACAAUGAGGUGGACACACCCCAACCCACUCCUAUUGGACCGCCAUCAUACCUGCCACCAGGAGGCAGAGGGCCCAUCGGACCACCAGGGCCCAUCGGACCACCAGGGCUUCCAGGUUCUGCUGGACCUCCGGGUCCAGCUGGAAGAGCAGGCCUCACUGGACCCAUCGGACCAAAGGGGGACAGAGGUCUACCAGGAGAAAUAGGUCUCCCCGGCCCACCUGGUCCACCGGGUCCUCCAGGGCCGAGCUCCUCUCCUGUACUGCGCGGUGACGUUUUUCAUGUGGACAAUCAAGCUCUCCCUGCUCCUCAGAUCGUAGUCGGGCCUCCUGGUCCAACUGGUCCUGUCGGACCCUCAGGCCCUCCAGGAGUGAGAGGACCUGCAGGGAUACCAGGCCUGCCGGGAGGAGAUGGCAAGGACGGCCUGCAAGGCAAUCCGGGGGAUCUUGGGCCUAAAGGAGAUCCAGGGGAAAGGGGGCCUCCAGGUGUAACAGGCGAGCAGGGCCUAACUGGAGCACCAGGGCUAAAAGGAGAGCCAGGAGAAGGCUUAAAUGAGGGCGAGGCCGUGCAGCAGCUCAGGGAGGCCCUGAAGAUCCUGGCCGAGAGGGUCCUGAUCCUGGAGCAUAUGAUCGGCAUUCACGACAACUCUGAAGGAUCCGGAUUUGGCAGCUUUUCUGACCCCCUGUCUUUCUCUGCCAUAAAGACCAAACGCCUUCAGCCUGUUCAACCCCCCCCUCAAACUCCAGUGCUGGGGGAGAGACAAAGACAAGCUCCCCUUUAAGAGUAUAGUCUCUUUUUGUAUGUAUGUGUAUAAUUGUGAUGAAUGUGAUUUUGCUUGACUUACAGUUUUUGUUUAUAUCAUGUUUCUCAUACCUUUAUUAUUACAAUUUAUUUGCCUAUUAUUGUCUUUUUUUGUCACAGCUGUAUAAACAAAGCUCUUUGCAGACAUGAGAUGUUGAGCAUUUCAUCCACAUGAAAGGCUUGAGCCUUUUUGACCCUGUUGCGCUGCACGAUCUGUCUACAUAACCGUAGCAGCAGCACUUGUGCUAUGUUGUACAAUGAAAUAUUAUCUCAUAAACUGUUAUGAAGGUUUUGGCAUCUUUCUUUCCUUAGAUAAAAGAUUGCCUAGUAAACACAUCAGUUUCCUUGGCUGAUGUUGCAAAGCUCCUCAGGCUGCAAAGUGAGUUCCCGAGACCUGGACCCAAGUGUCAAACACACUUUUGGAAUGACCUCAGGGUUCAUCUUGUUUUAGCCUGUCAACCAUAUUUCUUCCUUUCUCUUCUUUCUGUCUCUCUCUGGUUGCUCUGCAUUGUUAAAACUGAGGUAAGACACGACAAGCUGCCAAGAAUAUCUGCUUAAAAUAAAGUUAGGUGAAAUUAAUAGCAUCUGGCGAGCGCACAUCUGGAAAGCAAAAGGAAGAGAUGCUGAAACAGUUGAGUUUUGGCCUGGAAACCGUAAACCUUGCUUGGCUCCAGUGCACCUUCACUCGACUGGCUGGUGGAGCACUAAACCUGACAAGAUUACACUGACUUCCUCACAAACUGCCUCUGAGAUUUGUUUCCAAACUGAUAUGAUUAUUGUAUAAUAAGUCUCUGAGAGACCAAGCCUGUUGGUCUCUGAAUAAAGCUUGGACCAUGUCUGGUACAAUCUUUGUUUUCUCCAUUACAAACUUCAUAUGUAAAAAGAAUGGCUCAGCAUAUUUGGAUAUAAACUUAUUCGCGAAAACUACAUGUCUGUAUAAAUAUGAAACUUGAGCCAGCAGCUGAGCUUAGCACAAAGACUGAAAACAGGGAAACAGCUAGCCUGGCUCUGUCCAAAAGUAAAAAAAAGAAAUCCUCUUACCAGCACUUGCAAACUCAUGGUGACAACAGUGGUACUCAUGUCAUAUCUUUCAGACUGAAGUUAUGAGCAGCCGACUAGGAAAAUAUACUGUAUAAGAACUACAGAAGUGUCAACAAAGCCACCAUCGUUGACAGUUACAUCUAAAUAAAAUCCAAUAUUAACAUUAGUAAACCAAUUCAACUAAUUUCAUAGGAGCUAUACACUGUUAGUGCGUAUCUGGUUUCACUUGUUAUAGUGCCGUUUUUAUACUUCAGUUUUUGUACAGAUUAAACAAACAAGAUAUAACAUGUUAAUUAGUGAGCUUUAGAGGUGCUUUAGGUGGAUUUUAUUACCUUUGGACAGAACCAGGCUAGCUGUUUCCAACAGUUUCCAGUCUUUGUGCUAAGCUAAGCUAACCGGCUACUGGCAGCUGCUUUUAUCAUAGAGACGUGAGUGGGAUCGAUUUCCACAUCUAACUCUUGGCAGGAAAGCAAAUAAGCGUCCGAAAAUGUCAAACUUUUCCUUUAACCAUCAGUAACAGAAAAGAGAUGGACCUGUCUGUAUCUGUUGUUCAGUCUCUGAUAAGUUAUCAUAGGUAAUCUAUCUUUUAAAAGCCGCUGUUUUGUUAUGUCUUGUGCAUGUUUCAUUAUCUUUUAUACUAAACAAUGUUCAGUUGUGCUUUGUUGUUUAAUUUGCGAGACAUUGUGCUCAGCAGAUAUUUAUAUGUGUUGAUUAUUGAAGUAAGAUUAAAGUCAAAACUACAAAGGGA